AUGACCUCGCGGUUGUGCUUGGAUAAAGUGAACAAUAUUCUUUCUCACGCCGAAUGCUUUCAAGCUUCGAUGAAGGAUCUCAGAAGUAAGAGAGACCAGACUUCUGGAAGGAGAAGAAGGUUCAAGACGAACAAGCUAAAGAUGGGACAUGGUGGAACAUUGGAUCCUUUAGCAUCUGGUGUUUUGAUUUUGGGUGUUGGAUCAGGAACCAAGAAGUUGGGUGAGUAUACCAAUGGAUCGACUAAAAUAUAUGAAGCUACAGCAUUGUUUGGAGGAUCGACUACUACAGGAGAUUCCGAUGGCCAGUUGUUAAUGGUCACAGAAAACGAUUUCAUCACUAAAGAUAUGCUCAGUGAUGUUAGAGACAAGUUUGUUGGUACUUUGUCUCAAACCCCGCCUAUAUUUAGUGCUCUUAAGAUGAAUGGUAAGCCUCUAUAUGAAUAUGCUAGAGAGGGUCUUCCAUUACCAAGGCCUAUAAAGCCCAGAACUGUCCAUAUCUACAAACUCGAUCUAGCAGAUGAUUGUCUUUCAACCAACCACGAUUUCAAGUUCUUGAAGAGUGAGGUUUGUGAGGACGGUUCUAUAUUAGUUGACAAACUUAGCAAGAACCCAACAUUGAAUGAUCAUAAGCUAUCAUUUUCUGAAGAGUAUAUGAAAAAUGCUAAAGAAGAAGAUAAAAAUGAAAAGCCCAUUGAACCCAGAACUCUUGAAGAUCUAAAGAAAUAUGAAUCAAAUAAUUAUAGAGCACCACUCCUACAUUUCAACGCCGAGGUUUCUUCAGGAACAUAUAUUCGAUCCUUAAUUAGUGAUUUUGCUAGAGCUCUAGGAUCGUCUGCCUAUAUGGUUGCUCUUACCAGACAAAAGCAAUCGGAAUGGCUUUUGGGCCAGAACUGUUUUGAGCUUUCAGAUUUUGAACAAUUACCAGAAGAAGUUUGGGUGCCCGUUCUUAAGAAUGUGUUUGAAAAGGGAUCCGAGGUUAAUGUUAGUAAAGAACUUGAGGAGGCGAGAAAGAGCAUUCCAUCAAUUAAUGAUACAGAAACUGUAGUCGAUACGCAUUCACAGGAAGGGGAUUUGGCCACAGACGAACCAAAGACUAUUUAA